CUCCGUGACUGCGUUCAGCUUGCUCGUAUUCUGGGGAGUAAUCAUGGUGUAAACAAACGGCCAUGGCUGAUGACAGAGAAGGAGCUGAUAACAACAACAUUAACGACGACAUGGGGAACCAGCUGCAGCUCUUACCGGGAAAUGAGGAGGAGGAAGAAGAGGAGGAGGAAGACGACAUGGAGACAGAGGACCGGGACAGCGAGGGGGCGGAAAAACCAAGCAUCAUCAACUUCGACCCCAGUCUGCCCACCUCACAUGCUUACCUGGGUUCGGACAUGGAGGAGUUCCACGGCCGCACUCUUCACGAUGAAGACAGCGUACAGAAUCUCCCUGUCCUUCCUCACGCCGCCCUCAUCCUCAUCCCGGGUCAGAUGCUGCCGCUGCAGCUCUUCAGACCACAGGAGGUCAGCAUGUUCCGCAACCUGGUCAGUCAGGACCGCACCUUCGCCGUGCUGGCACACAGUCCGGAUGUGGGUGAAGGGGAGGUGCAGGCCAAGUUCGGGACGACGGCGGAGAUCUACGCCUUCCGCGAGGAGCAGGAGUACGGCAUCGAGACGGUGAAAAUCAAAGCUAUCGGACGGCAGCGCUUCAAAGUGCACGACAUUCGCACGCAGGCGGACGGGAUUCGUCAGGCAAAGGUGCAAAUUUUGCCAGAAAGGAUUCUACUGGACCCUUUGAGUGCGCUGCAGCUCUCAUCAUGCUUACACAGACUUGUUCCAGGUGUCAGAGCCACGCCAGCGCAGAGCCAAGCACAAUGCUGCCACUCCCACAGACGGAGGAAGUAUCCUGCGAGUAUGACCCCAUGGCCUUCCUGGGUUUAUGCCCUGUAUGACUCGGAGACUCUAAUGAGCAGAGUUAAGAAGCAGCUCCAUGAAUGGGACGAGAACCUCAAAGACGAAUCGCUGCCUAGUAAUGCUAUAGAUUUCUCCUACAGGGUGGCAGCAUGUUUGCCGAUAGACGAUGAUCUCAGACUGCAGCUGCUGAGGAUCGGUAGUGCGAUACAGAGACUCCGCUGUGAGCUGGACAUCAUGGACAGGUGCACAUCUCUGUGCUGUAAACGGUGCCAGGACACCGAGAUCACGACCAAGAACGAGAUCUUUAGUCUGUCUCUGUGCGGUCCGAUGGCAGCUUACGUGAAUCCUCACGGUUACGUCCAUGAAACUCUGACGGUCUACAAGGCCAGCAACCUGAACCUGAUCGGUAGACCUUCCACACUGCACAGCUGGUUCCCGGGGUACGCCUGGACCAUUGCGCAGUGCCGGACCUGUAGCUCUCACAUGGGCUGGAAGUUCUCCGCUGUGAAAAAAGAUCUGAGUCCUCAGCGAUUCUGGGGUCUGACUCGCUCUGCGCUCUUACCCACGAUCCCUCACAGCGAGAAGGGUGUGGAAGGCUCGCGUCUGCUCUGCCUGUAACCUCAGCGAUACAUAUGCGCUCACAGAAAUCCAUCACAUCAACCGACCUCCAUCGUACACGAAUCUCAGAGCGUCUGACGGCAGAGAGUCAGGAUGGAGAUAAAACAUAAUUGGAUGAAGUGAAAGAGGAAAAGUUGGAGAUAAAGAGAGAGAAAGAAUUGACUUGGGCACUAUUAGGCACUGAAAGUGUUAAAUUUAUUACAAUCAAACAUCACACAGCAGCAAUUUCCCCACAUUAAUAAUCACCUUCUGGCUUUGUUUCUGUUUAACGCUGAUAUAAAUAAGGGUUCCUGUAAAAGGACGGCCUUUGUGUGAUGAUCCCUUACUGGCCAAAGCAAGAGGGUGCUCUGUGUGUGUACAGUGUGGUACUGUGUGCCACUCCGACUAGAUAGGAAUGGACAUAAAAAAAAAAGAUUAUAUUGUUGACGAAUCGUAUGAGAGAAACGACAUUUGAGUAUCUGCUGUAUUUUUGUAUUUUUCGCCUCUCCUUUUUGUCUCCUGUCUCAUUUGACAGUGACAAUGUUUUUUGGAUGUGUAAGUUGUGUUAAACACUGAACAGAUUUAGUUAAGAUGUGUGUUUAGAGAAAGAUCUGUGUGUAGAUUGAGGACUUUGGGAUAUCAAGGAUUUAAGAUACUCAUUAAAGCACACACAAACACACACACACACACACACACACACACACACACACACACACAAACUUCACACUCACUUCACACCCAGUACAGCUUGUGCAUAUCUCAUCAUAGUUCAUUAGUCUCAUGUGGCACUACAUACGCUAAUAAAAUCUGGAAUGUGUA